ACAAACUAUUUAAAUUAUUUUUUUAUUCAUUUACCUUAUUAUAAUAUAUUCCAUAUAAUGUAUUCUCACUUGCAGUUAAUUUUCUGCCGUAUUUCUGCUGUUAAAACCUCGCCUAUUCCUGUUUUGGAGUUUCAGCGGAGCCUGUGUGUGCGUGUGUUUUUCUGUGUGUCUCUGUGUGUGCGUGCGCGCGCAGCCAGUGCCGUGCGCUGGAGGCUUAUGGUAAUUGCGGUCUCCCGACUGGCCUUCUGGGUAGAGUCUGCGCGAGUGGGAGUGGAGCGAGUCGCUCGGUCUCGGCAGCGUUCAUCCAUUCUGUGCGGCACUCCCCGUACAGCUCCGUGCGUCCUCGGUGCGAAACGGGGUGUUCCUCCACGCUCCGCGAACAAAACGCGGGACGGAAAAGCUUCACGGAAUAACCUUCAGUAAACCUUGCGAGACGCGGAUUCCGGUAUCAGCGAGGACAUGGAGUGACGGAGAGCGGGAGAAAGGGGCUUUUUCCGAGGACGGCGUGCUCCGCUGAAACCCAACAUGGCGCUGCUGCGAGGUACGGCCGAGCUGAAUUAAUUUCUCCGCGAGUCCGCCGACCUCGCCACCUGUAUCCUAUUGGGGGCCCGGGCCGCACGGCGCAUCGGCUCUCCGACUUAAAAGGACCUUAACGGAUUUUCUUUUUUGUGGAUUUCUCUACGUCCUGUUUUUUCCUCCGCGCAGGAUAUUUUUUGUUGCUUUAUUGCGACCCAAGUGACAUUUGCAGCAGCAAAAAAAGUCCGUUUGAAAUAUAGGGUAAUGGAUGAGAGUUGCCUGUAGACAAUAGAAUAAUCACCAAGAGCUUUAUAUGUAAGACUUGUUUUGUUUCGUGACAAGUGGAUAACCUGUUAGACACUUUUAGUUGUUUUUCCUCUGUGGUCGGGAUUGAGUGUCUCCAGCAGACAGGACCGUAACCGGGUCGUCUACGUACGAACGGAUCGCAGUCCUCCUUGUUAACUUGGGAAAAACAGGAAAAAGGCGUGAGUUGGGGCGCACGGACGACGGCUGGAAGUAGCACCAAUUAACAAGGGCAACAUCUGUUCGUGAUGUCGAUGCUGAGACACAAACCAACCUGGAACUAAGACAAGGGAACCACAUCACACAAAACAUGGUGGAUGCACGGUUGACACCCCUGGCAGCGAUGGGGCUGGACCGAGGCACUCUGAUGCACGACGGUCUUCGUCUCCAUGGCGGGGUUGUAUACCCGGGCAUCAGAGCACUGCCAGCCGAGAAGAGCAGAGAUGCAUCCUCCCACCAACUAACUUAUAACAGGGAUGGUCUCCCGGAGCUCAUCUACAAGCCUGAUGGCCCUCUAGACAGUCGUAAGCCCACUAAUGGAUACCUGGGUCUCUACAAAGGCACCCCUCCAGGUCUCCACAAGCCUGUGAUGGUUCCUGGAGCUGAAGGUCUAGGCUUGGAACGUAGAGUAGGGCCUGGAGAAAAGGCAUCUGAACUGGGCUUGGCAGGUGCUGGUGGCGGCUACCUCCGCCUGCCGUGGCUCAGCCCCUACCCUGAAGCAAGCAUGUAUCCCUUUAUGGACACAUCCAAGUACGCUCUAAACAUGUACAAAGCCUCCUUGCUCAGCCAACCCAAUCCCUAUCUUCCCCAGCACCACCUGGCUUACUCUUCUCUGUGUGCAGCCCAGGGGGGCAACGUUAACCCUGCUGCCGCCUCUGCUGCCGAGAGGCUCUACUAUAUGCCCCCUUAUCCUCCUUCUCCUAUCUCUUCCCCCCUGGUGGCGCCUCCUAUGAGGAUUCCUGCAGUCACAGUGGCCCCCACAUCACUGGUACACUGCCAGGACAAGGGGCUUGGUGUUGGCCCUCAGUUUGCACAGCAGCUUCACCAACCUUCCCCUCAUUCUCAGCACCAUCAGGCCCCUUUAGAUAGGGACCGGUCCCCGAGCAGGAGCAGCAGACCAAGCAGACCUCCCUCUAGGAAGAGUUCUAGCAACAACAACAAUAAUAACUGUAGCACUAGCACAAGUGGCACCAAUAAUGGGAAUAAUAAUAGUCUGCCCACUGAUUCUUCUCCUCAUGCAUCUUCUCGCCUCCCCCAACCUCCUCCUGCUCUCAUUGACAACUCAUUGGAUUUACAGAGGCCUGUGGCUCGGAUAGGACACCCACCCACCUCCUCCACUUCUUCCAUAUCUGCCUCAUCCUCAUCCACGCAGUCCAUUCCUCAUCCAUUCUCUGUAAGCAGCAUGGCGUCAGAGCAGCCUUCUCCUGCCCGGCCCAGCCCCCACAAAUCUAGGCCAAGAGACGGGCCUUCUGAGCACAGAAGUGUAGGGGUUGAGAGGAGAUCCAGCAGGUCACCCUCCAAACCCAAUUUCGAGAGGCCAGCUCAUCAACCCCAAGCAACCAAAGACUCAGCAGAGAAGCCCUUGGAUUUGUCUGGAAGAAUGCUGGAGUUUGGGUUGCCCCCUAAUGGGUUCCCAGUUAAAAUGGACACUAUAGCACCAGGUGCACGUUACGGACUGCCCCCGAGCCGAGAGCUCCUAAAAGAAAACCUGUCCCUCUCUCCUUCCUCCCACCCGCACUCUGUGGUCAGCAGCACUUCUUCAAAGGUCCAAGACAGGCCAGAAAUGAUCAGCACUUUACACUCCUCCUGGGUUGUUCCUAGCCCGUCUCCUUCCCGUACACAGCACACACCAGGCUUGCCCCCCUCCCCAAGGCCUAACACAGAUUUGGGCCUUUCACAAGCCAAAGGCUCCUCGCCCUCUGUUAUCAAACACAAGGGUCUGGAGAGAGUACUCCCUCAGCAGCGUAGCUCAUCCUGUCCAAGGAUAGGGGAGUCCAAUCAGAAUGUUUCCACCACUCAACACUCCUCUCUGGUCACCUCCAGACCUCUCUCUCCCAAACCCAAUGGUGAAUGGGUCAAACACAGCCCAAGCCAUUCAGAACAUCCGGGCCACCACAGAGAGGGAUCAGAGAAGACCUCUCAGACCACUAAGAGAGGAGAAACGACUCCAGAGGUGUCCUCAUAUAAGAGGCCCUGUUUAGAGAAUGGUCACCCCCCUGGCCAUCUUUACCUUUCUCAAAAUGAUGCUUACCUGAACCACAGUUUGGCCUACGCCAAUAGAUAUCUGCACUACCCCAUCCCUGAUGGCAUGGCGCUACACUCCCUGCCAAUUGCAGGGAAAGGCCCAGUCUACCCUCACCCAGUAUUGCUGGGCAGCAACAGCCUUUAUCCGACACACUUGGCAGCAAAACACCCUUUACCCUACCACAACCUCCCAGCUGGUCCAGGAGGGGAAUACCUCACUUAUAACUCACAAGAGAUGGCCCACCCCCUCAUGCAGACUCACUCAGAAAAGCUGGCAGAAAGGGGAGAUGCAUCUUUGAAGCACCGGGGACAGGAAAAGUCCCGGGGAGCUGUCGAAGAAUGCGGGGUUCACAGAGAUCCGAACAUUGGGAGAGAGAUAGGUGAAGGAAGCCAAAUUAAGUCUGAUAAGGAAGCAGGAGCACAAGGGCAGGGUGGCAAUCAAAGCAAAAACCCUUCUUCCUCUGUAACAUCCAGAGAAAAGAUAGUCUGCAUUGACCUUGUACACUCAGACACAGAUGUUGAGUCUACCCCAACAGUCCACAAGCAGCCCUCUGUUGACACCAGCAGCAGGGUUAACCAAAAUGAAUGUUCUCAUAGUAACCAAAAUCCGACAAAGACUGACUACGAGCCAAAACACCAACACCAACUUCCCCACCCUUAUCCCAUCCACUCUGGACACAGCCCCACCCUGAAGCCCAAUCACACUGAUGGACAGCCAGAAACUCCCUUUGGGAAACCAAAGGUCCUUCAGGACACAGGCUGUCCUGGGGUGACAUCUAGCACAUCCCCACCUUCUCCAGGGCAGUUGACCCAAGCAGAGGAAAGCCCCGAGGAGGACAGCCCCAGCCCAGAUCCUGAAGACCAGAGCACCUUGCGCUGUGCCCGCACAUCUGGGGAACGCAGCUCUGGUAAGGAUAAAAUGGACAGAGAGAGUCGAGGUCUUCACUUCUCUCAGCACUGCACAGAUGUGGUGAAGGAGGAGAAUAUGUGUGAGGGGGAGACUGAAAAGGAAGACAGUAUUGUCGACCUAGGGGAGUCUCAAGGAGAAGGGGAUGACGACGAAGAAGAUGAUGGCCUGACUUCACCGAAAGGCUCUCGUAGAUCCAGCCUGGCUAAGAGGAUCGCUAACUCCUCGGGCUACGUUGGCGACCGCUUUAAAUGUGUCACCACUGAGCUGUAUGCUGACUCCAGCAAGCUGAGCCGUGAACAGAGAGCCCUGCAGAUGGAAGUCAUAUCACGAGAGGGGAGUAAUAUAAGUCAACCUGCAGCUAACUGGGAGCGGGCAAUGAUGCGGUUCUCGGAGCUGGAGCUGAAGGAGAAGGAGGGCGGCGGUGUGUGUGUGUCUGCCUCGGCAGCGGCAGCAGGACGGGAGCUGGCAGACGGCCAGCGCAGAGAGCGAGUGCUGGAACACUGCCAACACACCACCAGGCAGGGAGGGAGGGAGGGUGUCCGGCCACCAUACUCAAACAACAGAGUUCCGGUCCUCCAGAGGUGUGGGAGCCUGAAUGAGCCUUUGUCCCCAGGGCAUGGGGCUCGACAGGGGCCCAGAGGUGCCAGCCAAGGAGGGCUAAACGAUGUAGCCAGGAAGAUAAAGAGGGAGUCAGAGGGAGGUCAUUGUUUGCCCCCCACUUUGACACCGGCAAAAUGCUUCCCCGAGGAGAGGCCCGGCUCUGGCUUUGGACCCACCAGGAAACGGCAGCUCGGCCUCAAGGCUGAACAGGAGGACUCGGAGUGGGAGGAAGCAGAGAGGUUGUCCCACCCAGAGAAAAGAGCCAAGAUUUGCACAGAUGAGCGCGAGCUGGGCAGUCCUGAUGAAGAUGACGAUGACGAGGUUCGAAAGCUCAAGGUCUGCAUCGAGCUUAAGGGACUGCGGCUCAGCAAGCCUGCUGCCGGUGCAGCUUCCCCUGACGGGACCCUAAUCAAACAGGAGAGGGUGUGGCCCCAGUCCCGAAUGGUAGCCCCGGUCCAGAGCCUACGGGAACGCAAGGUUAGGCCCGGUGAGCCGGAGGACAGGCCCAUCGCGCACAGAGGCGAGAUCAACAGGAAAUGGGGCUGCGAGAAGCUACUUAAUGGAGUAGCUACUUCUCCCCUUCCCCCCAGCCAACUGAAGGACAGAGCGCACCCGCCGGGCCCCUUCUUAGGUGACCGUGGCCUCAAGGAGUCCAGGAGGGGCCCCCCCUCUCCGGCCCCAGAGCCGUCCGUGGGAGGCCCCCCUCUCAUCAAGCCUCGCCGCCACAGUGACACGGACAAACCCAAGGGCAAGCGUCCGUGCAAGACCAAACACACCAGUCAGAGGGAGCGAGAGCGGGAGAAAAGGAAAGAGGCCACACCUAGCAGCCCAGGCCAGCGUUGUGUGUCUGAUCUGGGAGCAGCUGAAGAUGACAAGCUGAGUGAGCAGCGUGGCGCUCCGAGGAAAGGAGCCGCCUCUCCUAAUCAUUAUCCCUGCUCUCCAGUCAAGCCCUGCUCCCCGGCUACACUCUGCCCGCCCUCCCUGCACCCCCAGGCGAAUGGCAGAGCGGUCUGCGUCCCACCAGAGGUGGCGGGGGUGCACAGGACCCCCCCUGCCGAGCCCCCCGCGGUGCGUCCGAUCCCGCCAGAGGCUCGUCGGCUGAUCGUGAACAAGAACGCCGGAGAGACUCUGCUUCAGAGAGCUGCACGGCUGGGCUACGAGGAGGUUGUGCUGUACUGUCUGGAGAACAGAGUAUGUGAGGUGAAUCACAGAGACUACGCCGGUUAUUGCGCCCUCCACGAGGCGUGCGCCCGUGGCUGGCUCAGCAUAGUCCAACACCUGCUGGAUUACGGAGCCGACAUCAACUGCAGCGCACAGGAUGGUACUAGACCGAUUCAUGAUGCUGUGGAGAAUGACCACCUGGACGUGGUGCGAGUCCUGCUGUCUUAUGGCGCUGACCCCACCCUGGCCACGUAUUCUGGCCGCGGCCUGCUAAAGAUGACCCACAGCGACAGCAUGGAGCGCUUCCUCACUGAUUAUUUUGCUGACCUUCAGGGCCGCUCAGAUGACGACCCGGGGCUUUAUUGGGAAUUCUACGGCAGCGCUGUGUGCGAGUUGAAUGAAGAGGGCGGUGUGUACGACAUCCUGGCCGAUCCCCCGGGUCCAGAGGAUGAAGACGAGGACGAUAAGAGGGAGGUGUUUGAGUUUGAGUUCUCUGACCGACCUCUGCUGCCGUGCUACAACAUCCAGGUGUCCCUCUCUCAAGGGCCCAGAAACUGGCUGCUGCUGUCCGACGUGCUUCGCCGGCUGCGGAUGUCAGGCCGCGGUUUCCGACAGGCUUUCCCUCACAUGGAGGUGGUGACUGUGGCGGAGGCUGAGUUUUACCGGCAGGCCUCUCUGUCUCAGCUCUUCUCCUGCCCCGAGGAGCUGGAGGGCUUCCACGCAGACAGCAAGGACCUGCUGGACCUGGUGGAAGACAGCGCCGAGCUGGCCGCUCUCCUGGGCUCCACACUGGAGUGUUUGGACGACCGCUGGGACCACCCAGGGGACAAACUGAAGGACAAACUGAAGGCUAUUGGCUCAUCCUGACCCCUGGAGCCACUGGACCUUGAUCCGUACCGACUGCAGUUUGCUUUAACCAGGGGUUAUGAAGAUGAUAUGCCUUAGCCUGACUUGUAGUUCCUGGACCAGCACUGUACAGAUGGACUGACCUGCUGGCUGACCGGGCUGCUGAAACAUCUCCCUCCGUUAACUGAGGAUCAACAUGUUUGUGACUCAAUAGACUUAAUAAUGGUCUUAUUUUUAUAAAUUAAUAUAUGUAUAAAUAAAUAUAUAUAUGUGUAUAUAUAUAUACAUAUAUAUAUAUAUAUAUAAUAUCAAAGAGAUUUUUUGUUGCUUAUGACUCCUCUCUGAAAGAUUUUGUAUGGCAACAGAGUGUAGUCGUGUUGCCAGUGAUUGGACGGAGUGUGUGAGCGCGCAGCACAUUGUGCAUGUGUGUAGCUGUACAGGAUAGUACUGAGACUGUGCUGUUGAAUGUGGUAUUUGUGUUUAUAGGAAGCACAUGAUGUCCUGUUUUUUCCCCCCCCCUCUCCUCAGACGUUAGCGCUCGCUUGAGCUUCAGGGGCUAUUCUGUUGUAUCUUUUUUUUUUUUGUAAUGUCCAAAUUUUGCUUCCUGUUUAGUCUGUAAUUUAACAUGCAAGAUUGUUUGUAUAAUAAAGUUUUAAGAUAAUGUUGAUAUUUACCCUUCAGCACAGUGCUUGUAUAUAACAGGGAGGCUACUGCAGUAAAGUAAUUUUUUGGUGUGUUCAUUUUUGUUUUAACUUUGUAAUUAAAAUAUCUCAUAAUUU